CAGUGAGGUUAGAGCCGGCGCUCUGGGCGCGCGGGACGGACCCCGGCGCAGCCUCGCCGGCUGUGCGCCCCGGGCCGAGCGGCUCCGGCUCUGCGCUCAGUUUCCUGACCUGUAACCGGGCGUGGACAAUGGCAGCGGGGCGGCGGGACUGAACGUGUGGGCGGUGCCCGGCCCGGGGGAGGGUCAGUGAGUUAUUGCGGCCCCUACUGCAGCCGGAGUCCUACGUCCUUCUUCUCUGAGCCGCACGGCCGAGAGGGGGUCCCGGACCCCUGGGGCUGGCCCUCGUCUCUGGGCCUGUCUAGCCCCAGCUCCUUCUGACUUUCCUCUCCGAGGGCUCGUGGCCUCGUUCUCGGGCGGUGUAAGGAUGUCAGAGCUGGCGAUUCUCAGGGGUGGAAAGCACGAGGGGCUUCUCCCUCCUGGCUCCCUAUUUCCUCUUUCAGAUCUGCCUUCUGGAGACCGCACCCGUCCUCGCAGAAGAGCCCAGAAAGAAGACAUGGCUCUUGGACCGAGGGAAGCAAGGUCUCGAGUGUCGGUGACCUUCGAGGAUGUGGCUGUGCUCUUCACGCGGGAUGAGUGGAGGAAGCUGGAUCCUUCUCAGAGAAACGUGUACCAGGAAGUGAUGCUGGAGAACUACAGUAACCUGGUCUCACUGGGACUCCUGUUUUCCAAACCAAAAGUGAUCUCCCUGUUGCAGCAAGGAGAAGAUCCCUGGAGGGUAGAGAAAGAAAGUCCUGGAGGCCCCUCUCUAGGAUGUAAGAGCAGUCCUAAAACUACAAAGUCAACUCAAACCCAAGAUUCAUCAUUUCAGGGGCUAAGAAGGAAAAGACUCAAAAGGGAUGAACCCUGGAAUUUCAUAUCAGAAAAACCCUGCAUAUAUGAAGAAAGAUUAAAGAAACAAAAGGACAAAAAAGAAAGUUUACAAAUAAUUUCAAUCACCCAUACAAAAAUCCUCACUGUAGAAAGAAACCAUAAAAAUAUUGACUUUGGCCAAAAUUUCAGCCUGAAAUCAGUCUUUGUUAAGCAACAGAGGGUUGCUAGAGAAAAAACACCCUCAAAAUAUGAAAUACAAAGAAAUAGUUUCAAGCAGAAUUCAAACUUACUUAACCAACCAAAAAUCAAAACAGCAGAGAAGCGGUAUAAAUGUAGCAUUUGUGAAAAAGCCUUCAUUCACAAUUCUUCCCUUCGUAAACAUCAGAAAAACCACACCGGAGAGAAAUUAUUUAAAUGUAGAGAAUGUUUGAAAGCUUUCAGCCAAAGUUCAGCUCUCAUUCAGCAUCAAAGAACUCAUACUGGAGAGAAACCCUACAUCUGUAAAGAAUGUGGAAAAGCUUUCAGUCAUAGUGCAUCCCUUUGUAAACACCUAAGAACCCACACUGUGGAGAAAUCCUAUAGAUGUAAAGAAUGUGGUAAAUCCUUCAGCAGAAGGUCUGGCCUUUUUAUACAUCAAAAAAUCCACGCUGGAGAAAAUCCCCAUAGAUACAAUCCAGGUAGGAAGGCAUCCAGCACAUCCCUUCCCGGAUGUCAGAGAAUUCAUCUCAGAAAGAAGUCCUAUUUAUGUAAUGAAUGUGGCAACACCUUUAAGUCUAGCUCAUCCCUUCGUUAUCAUCAGAGGAUUCACACGGGAGAGAAACCUUUCAAGUGCAGUGAAUGUGGGAGAGCCUUCAGUCAGAGUGCAUCUCUUAUCCAGCACGAAAGAAUUCACACUGGAGAAAAGCCCUAUCGAUGUAACGAAUGUGGAAAAGGUUUCACUUCUAUUUCACGACUUAAUAGACACCGGAUAAUACAUACCGGUGAGAAACUGUAUAACUGUAAUGAAUGUGGCAAAGCCUUAAGUUCUCACUCGACGCUUAUCAUUCAUGAAAGAAUUCACACUGGAGAGAAACCGUGUAAAUGUAAAGUGUGUGGGAAAGCCUUCCGACAGAGUUCAGCUCUCAUUCAACAUCAGAGGAUGCAUACCGGGGAAAGACCCUAUAAAUGCAACGAGUGCGGGAAAACAUUCAGGUGUAACUCAUCCCUUAGUAAUCAUCAGAGAAUUCACACAGGAGAGAAACCCUAUCGAUGUCUGGAAUGUGGGAUAUCUUUUGGCCAAAGUGCAGCUCUUAUUCAGCAUCAAAGGAUUCAUACAGGAGAAAAACCCUUUGAAUGUAACACAUGUGGGAAAACUUUUAGACAGAGCUCAUCACUUAUUGCCCAUCAGAGAAUUCAUACUGGAGAGAAACCAUAUGAAUGUAAUGCAUGUGGGAAACUAUUCAGCCAGAGGUCAUCCCUUACUAAUCAUUAUAAAAUCCACACUGAAGAGGAUUCCUUGAAAGCAGAUUUGCAUGUGUGAAAGCCUUAAACCAAAGCUCAGCAGAGUAUACAUACUUGAGAUUGAUUUAAUAAAUGUCAUGAACAUGAGAAAACUUUUCAAUUUUAAUUUUGUUUCAUCAGAUAUUAAAUUCUAAGGAUAAAAAGCUCUGACUAUGUGAUAAAUAUGUGGAAAACUUUCAUACCUGUCAGUCACUUUUUAAAAUAUCCUAAGACAAGGAAAUCACAAUUGUAAUUUGAUUGCAAAACCACAAUUUUGACCAUUUGUAAGAUAAAAGGUGGGGUUUUUCUAUCUCUUUAUACAGCAUUAUACACUAUAUGUAAUAUGUAAACAUGAGAAAAAUCUAGGUGUAGGAGUGCUGGAUUUCUCAUUAGAAAGACACCAACUGUAUAAGCCAGCAGCAUAUUUAUUAGAACUAACAUUUUAAUAGCAAACAGAACUGAUCUUAAAAUAUAUGCAUAUGUAGACCAAAUAAUAGAUUAAAAAAAAAAAACCUGCAAACUACCUCAGUCUCUGGAAUUUGCCUUUUCCUAAAUUGUUGUCAAGCUUUGUGCAUGGUUUUCAUUAAAAAAGAGAAAGA